CUCCCGGACGCCUGGGCCCGUUUCCGGCCAGCGGCUAUAAGGCGGCAGCGGGGGCGGGGGCGGCUGCGGCCAUGGGGCCGGCGCGGGGCUGGGCGCUGCUGGCGGUGCUGCUGCUGCCAGGGAGCUGCCUGCGCUGCCUGCAGUGCGCGGACGAGGCCUGCGCGCCGGUGACGUGCGCGGCGCACGAGAGCCGCUGCCGCGCGACGCUGCUGACGACGGUGGACGAGCCGCCGCGGGCGCCGCGGGAGCUGCGGCGGGAGGAGCGUGGCUGUGCGCCCGCCCCCGCCGGCGACGUCAGCGGCAACGUCAGCGCCUCCGUCACGUUCCGCUCGCGCGGGCAGCUGGUGACGCUGCAGGAGCUGCUCUGCGCCGGCGACCUGUGCAACGGCGGCCCCGCCCCCCGGCCCCGCGCCCACCCCAGCGCCGCCCUCGAGUGCUUCACCUGCGACGACGGUGACGACGGUGACGACGGCGACGGCUCCUGCUCGGGCCCCGCCCUGGGGCGGCUGCGCUGCCCCGACCCCCGCGACCGCUGCCUGGCGCUGACGCUGCGCCUGGGCCCCGGGGGGCUCACCCGGACGCCUGGGCCCGCAGGGGGGCUCACCCGGACGCCGGGGCCCGCGGGGGGGGGCCGCCUGGCGCAGGCGCUGCGGGGCUGCGGACGCCUGGGCCCCUGCCGGGGGCUGCUGGGGCUGGACACGGGGCAGAGCCUGCGGCUGGCGCGGUGCUGCGAGGGCUCCGGCUGCAACGGGCAGCCCGAGGAGCCCGGGGCCCCCAACGGCGCCUGGUGCCUGGGCUGCGAGGGCCCCGCGCCCCACGGCUGCGCCCCACGGCCGCUGGCCUGCCGGGGGGCCCUGACCCACUGCGCCCUGGUCUGGGGCACCCACGACGCCUCCGGGGACGCCUGGGCCCUUCGGGGCUGCGCCACGCAGGCCUGGUGCGAGGCCGGGGCCCCCCUGGGGCUGGGGGGACUCCUGGGCCCCCCCCGCUGCUGCCAGGGGCCCCUCUGCAACCGCCUCCCCGGGGACCCCCCGGACGCCGGGGCCCCCCGGGCCGCCCCCCCCCCGGCCCUCGGCCUCCUCCUCCUCCUCGGAGCCGCCGUCGCCGCCGCCUAGGACGCCUGGGCCCCCCCGGACGCCUGGGCCCCCCCCGGACGCCUGGGCCCCUUCACCAGCACCCCCUCAGCGAUGGGGCCGGCCCCCUCCCCCCCCCCCAAUUUUUGCCUUAUUUAUGGUUAAUUAAAACAUGUUAAUUUAUUA